AGAAGGAUGAAGCCGCAAUACCCCCUCUUGGAAUUAAAUUAAUGGUGAUAAAUUGAUUUUAGGGAUAAAAUCAGGAGAAUUUUUUUUUGGCUCUCUUAAUCCCGACUCGGGGCUGCGGCAGCACCGGUACACCCGCGCAUCUCCGCCCGCCCGCCGGCCCGCCCGUCCGUCCGUCCGUCCGUCCAUCUCCUUUCUGGACGGUGAGCGGGAGGGCAAAAGAGGUCUCGUCCCCUUUCCUCCUCCUCCAUUUCAUCUCUCGGCUGUGCUCGGAGGCGAAAGUUGACUAGGGUUUCUUCAUCGAACGGCGGCCUUCUCCGCUCGCUCGCACGCCCCUUGCCCCUUGCUCGCGUCCGACAGCAAGGGAGAAGCGGGAUCGAUGAAUCGGUAGACCACCGAUCCUCGAUUCUUCUUUUCUCCGUCUUCUUAGCUUCCCCGAUAUGCGGGUAUGCGCUUUGGAAACUGCAAAACUUUCAGCUCCAGACACAACACGCAUGUGGCCUCCUGCCAUAGUAUUUGUUCUCUGAUUUUGUAGGUACUGCAUGUGUGGGGGUGCCUUUUCCUUCUUGAACCUGACAGAAAUGGACUGCUGUGGUUGCUUUGGAUUUUUGAGGAAGCCUCGUAGAUUCCCGAUAUCGCUCCGAGGCUCUGGCACCCGGUUCUCCCAAGAGCUCCUUCUGCCGGAUAACAUGGAAGAUGUGGAUGGCAUCUUGUACAGUGGAGACAGUAGAAAUGCAAGUGACAAUGGUGUGCAUCGGUCCGUUAAGCAUUCUGAAGAAAUCCUCUUGUCAAGAGCUCGAAAUGGCUUGAUAUGCAGGGAAGUCCCAGUGAAGGAAACUUGGAAAGUUAAACUCUCUGAGGAUGAAAAUGGAAACAAAAUGGUUAAUGAAUAUGUUCGAGAGUGUAAGAUUGGUUCGGGCAGUUAUGGGAAAGUGGUGCUCUACCGAAGCAUUAAAGAUGGGAGACAAUAUGCAAUCAAGGUUUUCCACAAAUCACAUUUGAUAAAGUUGAGAGUGGCACCUUCAGAAACAGCCAUGACUGAUGUUCUCCGGGAGGCAUCCAUCAUGAAAAUGCUGGAUCAUCCCAAUAUAGUUAAUCUCAUUGAGGUGAUUGAUGACCCAAACACAGAUCACUUCUACAUGGUUCUAGAAUAUGUUGAAGGGAAGUGGGUAUGUGAGGCUUCUGGUCCAGCUAGUGGUUUAGGAGAAAGUACAUCUAGAAGAUACUUGCGGGACAUAGUUGCAGGUCUUAUGUAUCUCCACUCUCAUAAUAUUGUCCAUGGGGAUAUUAAACCUGAUAACCUCUUGGUGACAAGAAAUGGCAAAGUAAAAAUCGGAGAUUUCAGUGUUAGCCAGGUUUUUGAGGAUGAUAAUGAUGUGCUCCGGAGAUCUCCAGGCACUCCUGUCUUUACUGCACCAGAAUGCUGCUUAGGUUUGACCCACCAUGGUAAAGCUGCCGACACAUGGGCUGUAGGUGUUACUUUGUAUUGUAUGGUUUUGGGUCAGUAUCCAUUUCUCGGGGAUACGCUGCAGGACACUUAUGAUAAGAUCGUUAAUAACCCAUUGUUCAUGCCUGAUGACAUCAAUCCUCAACUGAAGAGCUUGUUGGAAGGGCUUCUUUGUAAAGAUCCCAAACGCCGGAUCACCUUGCGUGCUGUAGCAGAGCAUCCUUGGGUCAUUGGAGAGGAGGGGCCAAUCCCUGAGUACUUCUGCUGGUGCAGGCGAAAAUCUUCUUCAUGAAAGAACUCGCACAAGUUACUGAGGAAUGUAAAUUGGACUUUACGCUGGAAAUGGCUCGCUAACCCGCUGGUCAAGGCUCGAUGGAAAAGCUAGUGGAAGCACCAAAGUGACUUACAAGAUAUGGAAAUGAGAGCUUUUAGAGGUAGACAGCGCGCGCUAUGGAGGAGGAAUAUUGAUAUGACAGCUGAAUGAAUUGGUUUUUGUUUUUGUUAUCAUAUCUUUCAUUUUACCGGCCGCGUGAGAGGAGAGUUGUUUUAAAAUGGCACGAGCCCCCCACCAAAAAAAAAAAAAAAAAAGAAAACAAAAGUGCGGUGUGGUUUCGUUACGUUGGGUUGUUUGAGAGCUUGCAUCUGUACAUUUUGAUGGGAGAGUUGUGCGUGUUUAUUCUAGAAUUUAUUGAGUUGUCAAAAUGUUUAGAAUAAGUUGAAAAUUAAAGUAAAUUGUUUGAUUUUUUUCUGUAAUAAAAAAACUAUUCUUAACCUAUUAUAGUAAGUUUUGUA